CUGCUGCCAGCUCUGCAGCCCACAGUAGUGUUUCAAGAUCCUCAGACUCCGUUAUAAACUAUUGAAGGCGAAGAAGGGAUCGGCGGGAGCCCAGCCCGAGAUGAGUCUGGAGUCCCUGUUCCAGCACAUCAUCUUCUCCGAGCACCUGGCGGAGGAGAGUCGCCGCUUGAUGCGACAAGUCAGGUCGGAAAUGAACAGAUGUCGUGAAAAAAUUAAGACAGCAGCCGAGGAGCUGAAUGAAGAGAAAAUCAAGUUGGAGUCUAAGAUUCAGCAGUUUUCUGAAAAAGCCUUCCUCUUACAGCUUUUGAAAACUCAUGAAAAUGCCUUAGAAAGACAGUGCAGUGAAAUUACAAGCCAAAGGAAUAUGCUUCUCCAAACGUUUGAGGCUACAAAGAGAAAAGUGACAGAGGAGGAAGAAAAAUUUAUUAAGGAAAUUACAGACUUCAAUAAUGAGUAUGAUAUAACAAAGAAACGAGAGCUUUUGGUGAAAGAAAAUGUCAAGAUUCAAAUAUCUGACUUAGAAAACGAGGCAAACAUUCUGAAAAUGGAAAUGAAGUCAGUGGAACAUGAUAGUGGCCAGUUAAAUGAACUUCAAAAACAAAAGAGUGAAUUGAUACAAGAAUUAUUUACUUUGCAGAGAGAGCUUAAAGGUUUUGAAGAUAAAAAAAAAGAAGCCGUUUGUACUACCAAGUACCUAGAGGCAGAAAAAAUAAAAAUCAGUGAAAAGCCUCAAAAUGAUGCUGAAUGCUUAAGACUUAAAAAAGAAUUAGAACUUUAUAAGGAAGAUGACAUGCAAAGUAUUUAUGAUGCUCUCCGAACAGAAAUAGAAUUUUUGCAGUUGACAUUGGCACAGAAAGAUCUUCAGGAAACAAAUAACUUGUAGAGAAGUGAUCAGCUAUCUAAGAUUUGAUCAAAGCAUCUUAGUAUCAAAUCUUUGUGGUAGAUACAUGAAUGAUACCCAUUUCUUGUGGAAAACGUGAGGUUUAAAAUGUUCAAAGUUUUUGAUAUCUAGAAUUGAUAUAUUAGCACUUUAAAAAAAUAAUUUUUUGGUCUUGUUACCUGCUGAAACU